AUGCUGAAUGCUAACCUGCGUAGCAAGCGCAGUGGCGCAGCACCGCCGGCGCCGGUUCUGGCGGAGAGCGAGUUCCACCAGAUGCGCAUGCAGGAGCAACUGCGCAACCAUGCCAUAAAGGACUUUGACGCCACUGGGCAGCAAGUAUCUCCGUCCUACUUCGUCGCCUCCUUGCAAGAGCUGUGUGCGCAGCGUUUGGCGGACAGCUUUGCUGAGAGUGUGGAGGUGGAUGCGCUGCGGGAGGAGCAGCCAGAUCUCUACGCGAUGGUGCUGGAGCGGCUGCCGACGCAGCCAGACACAAUGCUGCCACUGCGCAUCACUGUUCCGCGGAUCAUUGAUGAGAAGUACUGGCAGCGCUGCUGCAAGGCUCGAUGGCCGCUGGGGCAGCUGUCCCGCAUGACGAAGGGUCAGAGGCUGCUGGAGAAGGAGUACGGAUGGAAGCGCUUGUUUCUUGAGCAGCUCCUUAACGACUUCCUCAUGGCUCUUGGCAGCGGCAACAAUGCGGGGGACGGCAACGGCAGUCUGCUGCCGCCCGGUGUCAUGACGGUGGUAACCGGGGAGGCCCUUGCCGUCUCGCAGAAGGGCAUCCCGUCGCUGGCGUCCGCUGCCGUAACGUGCACUUCCCGAGACGCCGAUGCCAGCCGCUUCGACUUGAGCCUUGACGACGAGGCCAUCGCUGCGCUGCGUGAGCUGUGCGCCAUCUGCCGCGACUACGUCCACACAGUCGAUUUACCCUGCCAGCUGGUGCACUUCCGCCCCUAUGAGCACCUCUUUGCACACGUGCCCGGCAUCCUUUCCUUUCGUCUCACCUUCGGGGUGGCUAACCGCGGCGUUCGUGUCGGUGUGACGGACAUGAUCGGCUUUCGCGACGAGGACGCGCAGUUGAUACAACACCUGCUACGGCACUACGCCGCUCUAGAGUCCUUGCGGCUCCCGCUGAACCGGCUGGAAAAUCGUCACGUGCAGAUGAUUGCGGCAGGUUUAGCAAGCUCGACCACGCUGCGCGUCCUCGACUUCUCGCAGAACUCGCUGACGGACGCCGCCGUUGUGGAGGCGGUAUCGCUGCUUCUCUGCCGGCCCGACUUCCCGCUGGAGGAGCUGUACCUCGCUGACAACCAACUGGCGGACACGGCGGCGGCCGCCUUGGCCGAGGCCCUGCGGUUCAAUAAGACACUACGCGUCCUGCACCUGCAGCAGAAUUGCAUUGGUGAUGCCGCCGGUGGGGCUCUGCUGGUGCGUGCGCUGGCGGUGCACCCAACGCUAGCGGACAUUAAUCUCGGCAGCAACCGUCUCGGGACGAGCACCGCGGAGGCGCUGUCGGAGGUGCUUCCUCAACUCACACAGCUGCGCGUCCUUUGCCUCUCUGGCAACUCGCAGCUCGUUGGUGAAGAGGUGUCCUCGCCCCCCCUCCCCUCUGAAGGCGCCGCCGCAGCGGCGACUGUGGCCCUGACCGGCUCCACCACUUCAAUCCCUUCGGUGUACUCCACCAGCCUCUUGGCGGUGUCCGUCAAAGACAGUGAUACCGAGGCCGCAGAGACCUGUACUGCAGACAGCUCAAAGGCGGAUGAAGAUGAUGAGGCAGAUGCAUCCCUCACCCAUGUGGGGACAGCGGAGGGAGAGGACUACAGAUUCACCGCUACGGCGCGGCCUUCUGUGGCGACGGUGGCCGGCGAGGAUGUGUCCACGCUGCCGCACAGAGGCCCGCGUGCGUCGAAGAAACAGAAGGGGACGUCCCAGCUUCUGCCCACGGGAGCGUCGCCACCGCCGCUGGUGCAGACGGCUGGUGGCAGGCUCAUCGCCGCCGCUGUCAAGGCAAACACAUCGCUCGUGGAGCUUGACGUGCGCUUCUGCGGCUUGACGCCGGCGGAGGAGCAAGAGAUCAUGCGUGGGGUUCAGGAGCGCGUGUACCAGCACCAGAUGGACACGUCGGUGGCCUUGAGAGAGGCGGAGCAGCGGCGUGCGUUGCAGCGCCGUGCAAAGGAACGGGUCGCGCGCAUGACAGGCCGAAGUGUCUAA